CUUCCAUCUGUCUGUAGAUGGCUUGUUUAGUCAAUUGAUAAGUAGUGGGUAGAAUAAUAACAGCAUUAUCCCCUGUGUUGUACAGGCUUGAGUCAUCUCUGCCCCUCAGAAUGACAGACCCUGCCGUGAAGAGGGUGGUCAGUGAGAUUGUCCGCUCUCCAGAGGACAAGCGGGUCUACAGGGGUCUGGAGUUCACCAAUGGCCUGAAGGCCGUGCUCAUCAGUGACCCCACCACAGACAAGUCGUCAGCAGGGCUGGACGUCAACAUAGGUACAGUAUUCACCCCCUCCACCUCUAGCCUAGGCAUCAGGCAGCCUCCCAGCCCCAUUCUCAAUACCAGGACCUCUCUCAUUUACAUUUUAGUCAUUUAGCAGACCCUCUUAUCCAGAGAGACUUACAGUAAGUGAGUGUAUACAUUUUCAUCCCAUAGCGAACCCUAUCUCUCCUUAAAUGUUACCUCUCUUUAUCUGUGUCUUUAUUUAUUUGUUUCAAGCCCCAAAUUCACAAAAUAGGAGAAAUUCACAAAAAUCACAAAAGUACCACAUAAUCUCUUUAACAGGAUUUGAACCAUGCUAGCCUGACAGCUUGAAUCCUUUAGUGUCUUUGUGGAUAAAACAGCAUCUCUCCAGUGUUAUGGCUGCCAGCAACUAAACAUCAAUUAACUUUGUAUUACUUUAUGAGCAGCAGUGUGUGGAAGCAAAUAAACAUACUGAUUAUCUGUGUUCGACACUUAUGUCUGCCACCUCAGGUUCUUUGUCGGACCCAGGGAACAUAUCAGGCAUUGCCCACUUCUGCGAACACAUGCUGUUCUUGGGCACAGAGAAGUACCCCAAGGAGAAUGAGUACAGCCAGUUUCUCAGUGAGCAUGCUGGCAGCUCCAAUGCCUUCACCAGUGGAGAGCACACCAACUACUACUUUGACGUAUCCCAUGAGCACCUGGAGGGAGCACUGGACAGGUGGGUGAACCAACAGGCUCUAGUUCAUGAGGGCACAAUGUAGAAUUUGUCUUUGCAAAAUUAACUUUACUUAUUGGACAACAAGCGUUUUUUAUUGGACAAGUUCAGGUAGCCCCUCCCCGUUUCAGUUUGCUUUCUUCCGUUUGGUGCUUUUUGAAUAUGACCCAGGUUAUGUCAAAGUAGAAAUUCUCCCAUGACUCUCCCAUUUUGACAGCUUGGAUGUGCCACUGUGACUCAAUUAGGCUGUCUGUGUAUGAAAUAUUAUGAUUUUCCUCAUGACUAGCAAUUUAUGUUGCUGUAAGAUCCCUCCCAAACUGGACUGGCCUCUAGUUGGCGGAGAAGUGGUAUAAAAUAAGUUUGAUUUACAUUCUCAACUGAGCCGUCUCUGGUCUGUUGUUUUUCUCUGUUUGAUAGUGAACUACUCUAGUUCUAUAGGGCCACAUGAUGUGUGUAGUCUGUGUGUGUUCUCUAAAUAUUAAUAUGUGAUCCAUCCCCUGGGUCUACCUGAGGUGCGUUCAGUUUGCUUGAACGUUUGCUAUGUUGCGGAAAGGUUUGCACUGAACAACACGUUUCCCUAAAACGUUCUUGUAUGUUCUUGAACAGACUUUGAGGUAUGUUUGCGCCUGUUUGGUGGGUGUGGCUGAAGCAAUGAGUGACGACAUAUUUAAAUGGCCGUAGUAAUGCUGUCAGCGUUCCACAAUCCAACCCCUCAAAGUUUUUCAAUUGGUUGUUCAGUGCAGCACCCUUUGCGUUCAAUUGAACGUUCCAGAACGUAAACAUUUACUGAACGCAGCACAGGUGUUAAUCCCAGAGAGCCACCAGGACACAUCCCCCAGUCUCCAGUUACCUGUCCCAGUGUCAAUUUCACCCCUACCAGUACCUGAGACCUCAAGGAUAGAAUGAGAUCAGUUUCUUUAGCUCUCACAUCUUAACUAGGUGUGGAUAAGGUGGAAGGGUUACUGUUAGCAUACAAAUAAUUGGAUGGGGAAGCUUCAGGUUUAGUAAGGUUCCCCAUCUUGAAUGAUGAGGCCUUUUUAGAACACCAGCCUUUCCUCAGUCGAUUAUGGCCACUGUGUGUUGCCUAAAUUAUGUAUUUUGGAUGGAGUACUAGUAUAACUUCUAGCUGUAGAUUUGGGUUAAGCUUUGUAAUAAUAGUGUCUAUGAAGCACCUGUUCAAGCCUCAUAGUUCCUCAUCCUAAUAGUUCCAUAGUGCUGCUGGGAAUGCAUGAAAGUAAUGGAGCACUGGAGUCUAUGAUCUGGGUUUUGGAAGCCAUUUUCAAAUCCAUAUCAUGAACCUUCAUAGAAUAGUGCUACAAAUGAAGGAUGGCUGUUGAAAAUGGGUGUAUGGGGCUACUAAAAGAGUAAUUACAGGUGUAUAGGGCCAUUUGAAUAUAGAAUUGGACAACAUGCUUGUGUGACAUCUCAGAUUUCUGAAUCAUCCAGCUACGCAUGUUGACAAUCUGUUGCUGCAGGCUAUGCAAAGCCUAGCGGCGGAGGGCAUUUACUUUGGCUAAUUCACUUAAUUGCAGUCAUUCUGCUUUGCAUGGCAGUUGCUCUCCCUCAGUGCCAUUCAAAUAGCUUUGCAUACAGAUCUGUCAAAUGUCACUGCUGUCUAUUGAGUCUGCUGACGAACAGCCUUAUGCAGAGAAAAGUAUACCUCUGAAUUCAGACCGUGUGAUUUUCCACAUUUCACUGUAGUCAUAAACCUCUGGCCUGGAACAAUAAAUAGCACACACACCUAAUACACCUUUUGCACAGUCAUCACCUGAAGGCCUUCACCAGGACAAUCAAGUUAAUACUCAGAAUAAAUUCAUCCAGUGGCCCCAGUGUUCUAAUCUAAAUAGCCUAUUUUCCUGUUUUUGCCUAGUAUGCAUGUUAACUUGUUAAAUUAAUGUCUUGUCCUGUAUGUCUCUAGGUUUGCUCAGUUCUUCCUGUGCCCGUUGUUUGACGAGAGCUGUAAGGACCGUGAGGUGAAUGCUGUGGACUCCGAGCACGAGAAGAACCUGAUGAAUGAUGCCUGGAGGCUGUUCCAGCUGGAGAAGGCCACUGGCAACCCCAACCACCCGUUCAGCAAAUUUGGGACCGGUAAAAACGUCAUGCCACCUCACAUACUAUAGACGGGUCAACCCAACCCAGCAUGUAUCCUCCCACGUCAUAUUCGUUAGGCACAAAACUUAAUACAACAAACUGAAACAGGAGGGACUACCAGUACUUAAUUUUCCGUUGCAAAACAUUUAUGUACAGUGUGCCGUUAUGAACAUGACCCAGCAGUCCUGUAUAAAACAACUCAAUUCCUCUCAGCCUUUAAUUGUGGAAUGUGCACUCUUUCUCUCUCUGUGUUCUCACAUGAUUAUACUUAGAGCAGCUCCCAGCCCAGAAGAGCCAGCUGGUGGCAGUGUUGAGUUAUAUAAGCUUUAUUUUUGGCUAAUAACAGAAACUGGAUCAGCUCGGCCGAAACACUCACUAAUAAACGAAUGUUGGAGACAAACGGGGUCAUGACAUCCUUCACAAAAACAUAACAUUCUUAGAAAUGCUUAAAGGGAAACAUUUCACCACAAAUUCAUUUUCACAUGUAGACAUUAUGGUGCUUGAGAUAAUGAAUAUUUAGGCUAUUUUUUAUUUUUUUUCAUUUAGCAGACGCUCUUAUCCAGAGCGACUUACAGUUAGUGAGUGCAUACAUUUUCAUACUGGCCCCCCGUGGGAAUCGAACCCACAACCCUGGCAUUGCAAAUGCCAUGCUCUACCAACUGAGCUACACGGGGCCUACAGCACCUAGAUACAAUUUUAUUUUAUCCUUAUUUUACCAGGUAAAUUGACUGAACACAUUCUCAUUUACAGCAACGACCUGGGGAAUAGUUACAGGGGAGAGGAGGUGGGAUUAAUGAGCCAACUGGAAUACAAGGAGAGAGUCCACAUAGCACACAAAGGGCUAUGCAUUUAAACACAAAAAAGCAGUGGCAGGUCAGACAGGCCCUAAAACAAGAAUGAUGGAAGAUGACAUAUCUGAACCUAAUCUCAUAAAGCUGAAAUACCACAGGAAAAAAACAGUACAAGCAAUCUUUCCCCCUCUGCCUGUGAGUUAAUGACAGCCAUUUAAAAAAAAUCCAUUCCAACUAUAAAUGUUAUCUGGGCACUGAGGGUCGGCUGUAUAUCUGCAGCCGCUGGCCUGGCCCUGCAUCCUAUAACACCAGAGAGGGAAGGCUGAGACAAGCAGAGGCCUGUGGCUUUAACAUUACCACUGUGGAUGGACUGGGAGGAAGGUAGUCUCUAGACAGACGGGUUGCUCCAGACUAACAUGGAGGACGAGUCACGGGUAACGUCACUGCCGCAUCCGCUUCAUGCACCACACCUAUAAAGUGGUGAAGGGCCCCUUUAACAGUUGACAUCUCUCCAGAUGUUCUAGAUGUUGUGUGGCUCUGUCUGUUAUUUGUUUUAGCAGAGGGAAAUACCCACCAGCUAGCCUGCCACAGAUGAAGUGCUAGACUUGGGCUGUGGUUGUGUAGGCUAAUUAGUCCCACAGAGGACAGAAAAGUGGUCGGUCUGUCACUGCUGGCCUUACUCAGAAUUGAUCACUGUUGCAUCACUGUUGGGAUUAAUUUUGUUCACACAUUGGUUUUCUUAGAACAAGCUUGUUUUCCUUAUAAGUGGAUGCAUUCUCCCUCCCACUGUGGACUGUUUCAUAAAGUCCUCUUUGACAACAAUUCUGGCUUUUUACAAAUUGAUUUGAUGCAUUGAUGUCCUCAUUUUUGCCACAGUUUUUUUUCUCCAACACAUCAUAUAAUGAUAAAGGUUCUAUUAGUUUGUCCAAUUAGGUUAAGCACUCACCGCACUGUACAUACAUUACAAAAAUAUUAGUGCAUGCAUUGACUAGCUGGUUAAGAAUUAUAUCUGGUUGAUUUUUCAGGUAACAAGUUGACUCUGGAGACCAGGCCAUCCAAGGAUGGGAUCGACAUCCGCCAGGAGCUCCUGAAAUUCCACUCCACCUACUACUCCUCCAACCUCAUGGGAUUGUGUGUGCUGGGAAGAGGUAAGUGUGUGUAUGGUGUGUUAGCCUGUGUGUUUGUGUGUCGUACCUCCGCUUAUAUGUAACAAUCAGAGAGUUGCUGCUGGAUCAGAGAUCUUAAGCUGGUUUAGAUGUAGAAAAUAACCUGUCAGCUAUACAGAGCUAAAAGCUCUCGCAUCCUCUCUUAGGUCACACUAAAGGCUAGGAAGUGCUUUUCUUAAUACUCCUCUCCUGGAACUGUCUGGGACUGAGCCCCCAAAACACUCAGCCAAGUCCUGCAGUCAUCUGUUUGCUCAGCCGUCCAGAGACAUACAAAGUUUGAACUUAAACUUCCAACUAAAAGUAGAGGUCUUAUAUUACUUAUUAUUGUAUGGGCGAUAGCGCCUACCUAGCUCAAAUUCUAGACGUCGGAUUAAAACGAGACUAUAGCAAAGACAGUACAGUACAAAGAUGGGCAGAAACUGCUUCUCCAAUGGAAAUCCCAGAUCACGCUUGUAGGCGAUGUCAUGGCGACGUUGGCUAGCGAAGCUCAUGCGCAGAAACACGUCAUCGGGUCUAACGUCGUCUCGCACCAAACUGCGCAUGUGCAGCCGUCAAAUCAAAAGCACUCCUUCGAUAUAAAGUUGUUUUUGUCGAGAAUGAAAACAUGUCACUUUCACGAGGUUGGAGUAAUAACAUGUUCAAAUACUUAAGACAUUGUCUCGAAUCUAGGUUGUGCCUUUUAGAUUUCAAGAAAAUUAACAACAGGAAGAAUUUUUCACUUCUCAUUGACUUCUCAAACCCCAGCCUGGUCUGCUUGGUCUAUUUCGCAUGUGUUCCCGGAAGUCUCGCCGCGAGACUAGCCUACAUUUCCUCAACCAAGAUCAGCCUCUCACAACACAAACUGUAGCUGAUAAAACAAAUCGUCUUGUUAAGAAACAGUUAGUUACUGUAAGUAGGGCAUUGACUGUGCAUUGCAGUGUGUACACAUGCUAGCUACCUAAUUAGCUAAAUCAACAAAUGAGACAGACACGUUGCUGCUCGAGCAUCCUGAACAAUUUCCAGCCCUUACCUUAUGAUGCAUUAAUUCAGUACACCCUCCUCUGUCAAUGCAAUUCUCUUCAUGCCAUUUAAAUCCAAAUUUGCGCUGACUGAUUAACAGUGUCAAGUUACUUUUCAGUGUGUGCCCAGAAAUCUGAACCAAGUAAGUAAAAUUCAGUUUAAAAUACUUAUUUUCCAGACGUUGAAGUUGGGUUAAUUUUAGGUUCUGAAUAAAACGUGAAAAUAAGUCUUUUCAGGAAGUUUUAAAAUAUGUAUUUUCCUGAUGUUGAAAAUACAUUUUUCGGACGUUGAAAUUGGGUUCAUUUUUGGUUCUGAAUGAAUGUUGAAAAUACUUUCUCUACUUUUUUUAAUACUGUACUCUAAUGUACUGUGCUGUGCUCUACUGCAGUGGUUCUCAAACCUCUCCUCGGGGACCCCAAGACAUUUCACAAUUUUGCUGUAGCUCUGAACUAGCUAUUCAAGAGCUUGAGGAUUAGUUGACAAGUUUAAUCAGGUGUGCUAGCUCUGGAAUAGAUCAAUUACAUGGAAUUGCCUGGGGUUUCUGGCCUAGCACUACACAGCUGAUUCAAAUAAUCAAAGCUUGGUUAUUUGAAUCAGCUGUGUAGUGCUAGGCCAAAAAACAAAAUGAGUGGGAAACCCUGCCUUAGAAUGUAAUACAGUACAUUUCAGUCUGAGCAGGGAUCAGGACCAAAGAGAAUAAGUGAUUUAAGACGUCUACUUUUACAGUUGCAGUUAUUUCCCCUUUAAUACGCUGUCCCCACCAGCCCCAGUAAAAUAUUCCUGAAUAACCCUUGUGUUCACCUUUCCACUUCUGUGAGCCAUGAUCCAAUGAGUCACUGGUGUGUUCUUUCCCAGUUGAAAUGGUGCAUUUAGUGACACCAUGUCCUCUAUAGUAAAAUGAAAUGGGCUGCACUUGGCAGCUGGUUUUACAAUGGUAUGACUUCAUUAAUGGCUUUCACAGCUACACGGGUGAUAGUGUCUGGGCACAUUUUGCUUGCAUUAUUGACCUCUCCUGUUACUGUACAAUAUUAUAAACUAACUUACAGGAUGAAAACAGUGCUUCAUGUACAUGCAAUUAAAUGCUACAUAACAAUUACAGUAUAGUAAGUGUAUUUGAAUUGUUUUGUAAUUUGAAUGGUUUGAGUAUGAACCCAGGAAGAUUGAUGCGUAUCUUAAUAAAUUAAACUAAUCUCGCCCUUUUCUUUUUCUCAUUCACACAGAAUCAUUAGAUGAGCUCACCACCAUGGUGGUCAAGCUGUUUGGAGAAGUGGAGAACAAGAAUGUGCCUAUCCCCGUGUUCCCCGAGCACCCCUUCCAGGAGGAGCACCUCAGGGUGAGCUCCUUAGUUUCUUCCCCCAAGAGGAGACAUACUCGCACGCACAAAUAAAUAUAUGGAUACACACUCGAAUACAGACUCCCAUGGAAAAGUUGUGCAACUGAACUACUUUUCGUUGUCUCAAUUCAAAUAUCUCAUUCCUAAUUUUCCUUCAUAGCAAUUCUACAAAGUGGUACCUAUCAAGGACAUUCGAAACCUGUAUGUGACGUUCCCCAUCCCAGACCUGCAGAAGUACUACAAGUCCAACCCAGGCCACUACCUGGGCCACCUGAUAGGCCACGAGGGCCCAGGGAGCCUGCUGUCUGAGCUCAAAUCCAAAGGUAGGCCAGAGGGCUGUGAUAAAGAGAAUAUCAGUUUAAGAUUUAGGGCUUGAUAGAAUGGUAGAAACCCGCAGCUUCCGCUCAGCCCAGGCAAACCUCUUCUCGGUCCUGGCACCCCAAUGUUGGAACCAGCUUCCCCCUGAAGCUAGGACAGAAGAGUCCCUGCCCAUCUAACGAAAAUGGCUGAAACCCUACCUCUUCUUAAAUAAUCCCACAGCAACACUUUCACACAUUUUUACUAGUACUGACUUUGCUGAUAGCUAAAAAUGUACUUAAUAUGACUGAGAUAGGUGGUUGUCCCACUUAGAGAUCUUAAGAUGAAUGCGAUAACUAACCCUCUGCUAAAUGACUAAAAUGUUAAUGUAGAAAUAUCCUAAAUUCCUUUUUUUAUUUUUGUAACAGUCAAGGGUUUAUACUGCUGUAUAUGUGUAGAAGUGUUUGUAUUUGAAUUGAUAAUGGGAGCUGUGCCCUUUUCUUCUUCAGGCUGGGUAAACACGCUAGUCGGAGGCCAGAAAGAGGGAGCUAAAGGCUUCAUGUUCUUCAUCAUCAAUGUGGACCUGACAGAGGAGGGACUCUGUAAGCAUUAUGAUCUCAGGGAUUGUGUUUGAUUUUGUGUGUGCUUUGUUUGUGUGUAUGUGCCCACACCCUCAUGACAGAAAGCUGUCUGUGUGUGGUUUACAGUACAUUCGGAAAGUAUUCAGACCCCUUGACUUUUUCCACAUUCUGCUACGUUACAGCCUUUUCUAAAAUUGAUUAAAUUAAACAAAUUCCACAUCAAUCUACACACUACCCCAUAAUGACAAAGUGAAAACAUGUUUUUAGAAAUGUUUGCUAAUUUAUUAAAAAUAGAAAACAAAUACCUUAUUUACAUAAGUAUUCAGACCCUUUGCUAUGAGACUCGAAAUUGAGCUCGGGUGCAUCCUGUUUCUAUUGAUAAUCCUUGAUGUUUCUACAACUUGAUUGGAGUCCACAUGUGGUAAAUUUAAAUUGAUUGGACAUGAUUUGAAAAGGCACACACCUGCCUAUAUAAGGUCCCACAGUUGACAGUGCAUGUCAGAGCAAAAGGCAUGAGGUUGAAGGAAUUGUCCAAAGAGCUCCGAGAUGACAGGAUUGUGUUGAGGCACAUAUAUGGGGAAGGGUACCAAAAUAAUUCUGCAGCAUUGAAAGUCCCCAAGAACACACUGGCCUCCAUCAUUCUUAAAUGGAAGAAGUUCGGAACCACCAAGACUCUUCCUAGAGCUGGCCGCCCGGCCAAACUGAGCAAUCGGGGGAGAAGGGCCUUGGUCAGGGAGGUGACUCUGACAGAGCUACAGAGUUCCUCUGUGGAGAUGGUUGACCUUCUGAAAGGUUCUCCCAUCUCUGCAGCACUCCACCAAUCAGGUCUUUAUGGUAGAGUGGCCAGAUGGAAGCCACUCCUCAGUAAAAGGCACAUGACAGCCCGCUUGGAGUUUUCCAAAAGGUACCUAAAGGACUCUGACCAUGAGAAACAAGACUCUCUGGUCUGAUGAAACCAAGAUUGAACUCUUUGUCCUGAAUGCCAAGCGUCACGUCUGGAGGAAACCUGGCACCAUCCCUACGGGAUGCUGUGGGGAUGUUGUUCAGCGGCAGGGACUGGGAGACUAGUCAGGAUUGAGGGAAAGAUGAACAGAGCAAAGUACAGAGAUCCUUGAUGAAAACCUGCUCCAGAGCGCUCAGGACAACAGACUGGGGCGAAGUUUCAACUUCCAACAGGACAACGACCCUAUAACGACCCUAAACGCACAGCCAAGACAACGCAGGAGUGGUUUCGGGACAAGUCUCUGAAUGUCCUUGAGUGGCCCAGCUAGAGCCCGGACUUGAACCUGAUCGAACAUCUCUGGAGAGACCUGAAAAAUAGCUGUGCAGCGACGCUCCACAUCCAACCUGACAGAGCUUGAGAGGAUCUCACCAAAUACAAGUGUGCCAAGUAUGUAGCGUCAUACCCAAGUCUUCCAAAGGUGCUUCAACAAAGUUCUGGGUCAAGGGUCUGAAUUAUGUAAAUGUGAUAUUUCUGUUUCUUUAAAAAAAAUGUCUAAACCUGUUUUUGCUUUGUCAUUAUGGGGUAUUUUGUGUAGAUUGAUGAGGGGGGGAAACAAUUUAAUCAAUUUUAGAAUAAGGCUGUAACGUAAACAAAAUGUGGAAAAAGUCAAGGGGUCUGAAUACUUUCCAAAUGCACUGUAUGUUCUGUUUCAACCAUGUGCGCUGAAAUGUCAUUUGUCUCUGUAGUGCACGUGGAUGACAUCAUCUUCCACAUGUUCCAGUACAUCCAGAAGCUGCGCACGAAGGGGCCUCAGGAGUGGGUCUUCGAGGAGUGCAAGGUAAAUACUGCACUGUAGUACCACUCACUCCUAGUCUCUGAGCUCAGUCUAGUUUCUGAGUGGCAGGUAGCCUAGGGGUUAAGAGCUUUGUGCCAGUAACUGAAAAGUCGCUGGUUCGAAUCUGAGCCGACUAGUUGAAAAAUCUGUCCAUGUGCCCUUGAUCAAGGGACAUGACCCUAAUUGCUCCUAUAAGUCGCUCUGGAUAAGCGCAUCUGCUAAAAUGACUAUAAGCUACUCACUAUCUUAGUAGCCAGUGUAUGUGCUGUCAGGAAACAAUCAUGCAUGUAUAGUCCUUUUUACAAAACCAAAAUAAAGUCAGGACCAAGACUAAGACUCAAAUCGUCUUUUUGUUGGCCUCACAGUUAAACCUCUGGUGUAUUUAACAGAACACGUGGAUGACAUCUGAAUUGUCUUUUUGUAAGUGUUGCUCAAUCCUCUGUUGUAUGUAAUAGUACUGUAUUUGCAUGUGGUUGACAUGUGACUUGUCUCUCCUCCGCAGGACUUAAACACAGUGGCCUUCAGGUUCAAGGACAAGGAGCGGCCUCGUGGCUACACCUCCAAAGUGUCUGGAUUACUGCACGUAGGUGGUGCUCUCUCCAUUUCUUAAGGUCGUCUCUACGGUGAUGCACUGCAGCUCCGUGGCUCUGUUUGAUGACAAUGAUGUCAUCAGACUGCCUUGUCUGCCAGUCUCUUAUUUUGUGGGAAAAGAUUCAGCGGACUCAGCCCCAGUCUAAAUUAAACUGCCAUUCCUGCUAGAGUCAAAAUAUUACUAUGGUAGCAAGGCAGUCAUAGAGGAGGGUAGGUUGUCCAGUGUCUGUUGGUUUUCAUUCCUCUGUGUGUUAAUCUUUUUUUCUUUUUUUAUAAGCAGAGCACCAGUUCUGAGCUCCAGUGAACUGUGUUCCCUUGCACGUGUUAGUCAAAUGCCUCCCCCAUUGUUAGCAUGUAAACCUUUUUUUUUUUUUGUCCUCUGUUUUGCAGUACUACCCUCUGGAGGAGAUCCUAGCAGCAGAGUACCUGCUGGAAGACUUCAGGCCAGACCUGAUAGAGAUGGUGCUGGACAAGCUGAAGCCAGAAUACGUCAGGUUAGUUCCAGCUCUUUCCCAGGUCACUAACCGUGUUUGCUCUACUCUCCUAUACCCUUUUCACACUAUCAUGCCGACCCAGACCAUACUGUACUGGCUUUUUUUAUUCUGUUUUCACAUUCUUCUUUCCAGCAUAGUUUCAGCAACUGUGGCGGAUGCAUAAUCAAACCAGCGCAGUCCAGAUUGGCUCAGUGUUGCAAGGGUACCAGCGCUCCACUCAACUAAGAAUACACGCCUAUGACACUUCUGUUUGAAGAGCCUUUUGAUAAACACGUUUGUAAUGUCCUUGAAAAAGAGUACAUCCAGCAACUAUCUACACUAUAUAUACAAAAGUAUGUGGACACCCCUUCAAAUUAGUGGAUUCGGCUAUUUCAGCCACACCCAUUGCUGACGGGUAUAUAAAAUUGAGCACACAGCCAUGCAAUCUCCAUAGACUCAUCUGGGUUUGGCUACAUGCCUGAAUGCAUGGUGCCAACUGUAAAGUUGGGUGGAGGAGGAAUAAUGGUCUGGGGUUAUUUUUCAUGGUUCGGGCUAGGCCCCUUAGUUCCAGUGAAGGUAAAUCUUAACGGUACAACAUACAGUGACAUUCUAGACGAUUCUGUGCUUCCAAAUUUGUGGCAACAGUUUGGGGAAGGCCCUUUCCUGUUUCAGCAUGACACUGCCCCCGUGCACAAAGCGAGGUCCAUACAGAAAUAGUUUGUCAAGAUCAGUGUGGAAGAACUUGACUGGCCUGCACAGAGCCCUGACCUCAACCCCAUCGAACACCUUUGUGAUGAAUUGGAACGCUGAUUGCGAGCCAGGCCUAAUCGCCCAACAUCAGUGCCCGACCUCACUAAUGCUCAUGUGAUUGAAUGGAAGCAAGUCCCCGCAGCAAUGUUCCAACAUCUAGUGGAAAGCCUUCCCAGAAGACUGGAGGCUGUUAUAGCAGCAAAGGGGGGGACAUCUCCAUAUUAAUGCCCCUGAUUUUGUAAUGAGACGAGCAGUUGUCCACAUACUUUUGGUCAUGUAGUGUUUAUAUGGAUAUCUCAAUGAAAUGCAGAGGAAUACUUUUAUUUGAAUCAUUCUCCUUUCCUACAUUGCCUCUUUCAGGGGACUUGGUAGGAUAAGCUUUUUUCUACCUAGCUUUGAAAAUGCCAGUAUCUCACUGUGAUGUUUGAAAUAAGUACACCUCGGUUACAAACAUUCAGAUACCACGACACUGUUCUGCUGACGCUGCCUGAACAUGAACUGAGUCAACUUGAAUAACAAACAACCAAGGUCAUACAUGUUGUCACACAACCAUUAGGCUAGGAGUGGAACUAUUCAGUCAUGUCAUUAACCAUACAAGCAUGUAGGGGUACAGAGACUCAAUCUAAAUAUGACCUUUAGUGAUUUUAAAUUUCCCAUUACACACUCCGUUUAGUCAUUCUCAUGGCAAAUUUACCUUAAAGGCCCAAUGUAGUCAAUGUGAUUUUCAUGUGUUUUAUAUAUAUUUACACAGUGAGGUUGGAAUAAUUCUGUGAAAAUGAUAAUGCCCUUUUAGUGUAAGAACUUUUUGAAAAGAUAGCUUGAAACUUCAGUCUGUCUUGGUGGAUGGAGUUUUGGCCUGCUUGGUGACAUCACCAGUUAAUAGACCAAUAAGAAAGAGAGUUCCAAACCUCUCUGUCAAUAACAGCUAGUUUUCAGUUUUCCCCUCCCCACUCAGACCACUCCCAGACGGUCCUAGUGAGGGAAAAAUUUAUUUGAUCCCCUGCUGAUUUUGUACGUUUGCCCACUGACAGACAUGAUCAGUCUAUAAUUUUAAUGGUAGGUUUAUUUGAACAGUGAGACAGAAUAACAACAAAAAAAUCCAGAAAAACGCAUGUCAAAAAUGUUAUAAAUUGAUUUGUAUUUUUAUGAGGGAAAUUCACAGACCUGUAACUUAUUCUUUAAGAGGCUCUUCUGUCCUCCACUCGUUACCUGUAUUAAUGGCACCUGUUUGAACUUGUUAUCAGUAUAAAAGACACCUGUCCACAACCUCAAACAGUCACACUCCAAACUCCACUAUGGCCAAGACCAAAGAGCUGUCAAAGGACACCAGAAACAAAAUUGUAGACCUGCACCAGGCUGGGAAGACUGAAUCUGCAAUAGGUAAGCAGCUUGGUUUGAAGAAAUCAACUGUGGGAGCAAUUAUUAGGAAAUGGAAGACAUACAAGACCACUGACAAUCUCCCUCGAUCUGGGGCUCCACGCAAGAUCUCACCCCGUGGGGUCAAAAUGAUCACAAGAACGGUGAGCAAAAAUCCCAGAACCACACGGGGGGACCUAGUGAAUGACCUGCAGAGAGCUGGGACCAAAGUAACAAAGCCUACCAUCAGUAACACACUACGCCGCCAGGGACUCAAAUCCUGCAGUGCCAGACGUGUCCCCCUGCUUAAGCCAGUACAUGUCCAGGCCCGUCUGAAGUUUGCUAGAGUGCAUUUGGAUGAUCCAGAAGAGGAUUGGGAGAAUGUCAUAUGGUCAGAUGAAACCAAAAUAGAACUUUUUGGUAAAAACUCAACUCGUCGUGUUUGGAGGACAAAGAAUGCUGAGUUGCAUCCAAAGAACACCAUACCUACUGUGAAGCAUGGGGGUGGAAACAUCAUGCUUUGGGGCUUUUUUUCUGCAAAGGGACCAGGACGACUGAUCCGUGUAAAGGAAAGAAUGAAUGGGGCCAUGUAUCAUGAAAUUUUGAGUGAAAACCUCCUUCCAUCAGCAAGGGCAUUGAAGAUUAAACGUGGCUGGGUCUUUCAGCAUGACAAUGAUCCCAAACACACCGCCCGGGCAACGAAGCAGUGGCUUCGUAAGAAGCAUUUCAAGGUCCUGGAGUGGCCUAGCCAGUCGCCAGAUCUCAACCCCAUAGAAAUUCUUUGGAGGGAGUUGAAAGUCCGUGUUGCCCAGCGACAGCCCAAAAAUCACUGCUCUAGAGGAGAUCUGCAUGGAGGAAUGGGCCAAAUACCAGCAACAGUGUGUGAAAACCUUGUGAAGACUUACAGAAAACGUUUGACCUGUGUCAUUGCCAACAAAGGGUAUAUAAAAACGUUUUGUUAUUGACCAAAUACUUAUUUUCCACCAUAAUUUGCAAAUCAAUUCAUUUAAAAAACCUACAAUGUGAUUUUUUGGAUUUUUUUUCCUCAUUUUGUCUGUCAUAGUUGACGUGGACCUAUGAGAAAAUUACAGGCCUCUCUCAUCUUUUUAAGUGGAACUUGCACAAUUUGGGGGCUGACUAAAUACUUUUUUUCCCCACUGUAGUAUUUGACCCCUCUGCAAAACAUGGGCUUAGUACUUUGGGGGCAAAACCCUUGUUGGCAAUCACAGAGGUCAGACGUUUCUUGUAGUUGGCCACCAGGUUUGCACACAUCUCAGGAGGGAUUUUGUCCCACUCCUCUUUGCAGAUCUUCUCCAAGUCAUUAAGGUUUUCGAGCCUGACGUUUGGCAACUCGAACCUUCAGCUCCCUCCACAGAUUUUCUAUGGGAUUAAGGUCUGGAGACUGGCUAGGCCACUCCAGGACUUUAAUGUGCUUCUUCUUGAGCCACUCCUUUGUUGCCUUGGCCAUGUGUUUUGGGUCAUUGUCAUGCUGGAAUACCCAUCCACAACCCAUUUUCAAUGCCCUGGCUGAGGGAAGGAGGUUCUCACCCAAGAUUUGACGGUACAUGGCCCCAUCCAUCGUCCCUUUGAUGCGGUGAAGUUGUCCUGUCUCCUUAGCAGAAAAACACCCCCAAAAAAUAAUGUUUCCAUGUUUGAUGGUGUUCUUGGGGUCAUAGGCAGCAUUCCUCCUCCUCCAAACACGGCGAGUUGAGUUGAUGCCAAAGAGCUCGAUUUUGGUCUCAUCUGACCACAACACUUUCACCCAGUUCUCCUCUGAAUCAUUCAGAUGUUCAUUGGCAAACUUCAGACGGGCAUGUAUAUGUGCUUUCUUGAGCAGUGGGACCUUGCGGGUGCUGCAGGAUUUCAGUCCUUCAUGGCGUAGUGUGUUACCAAUUGUUUUCUUGGUGACUAUGGUUCCAGCUGCCUUGAGAUCAUUGACAAGAUCCUCCAGUGUAGUUCUGGGCUGAUUCCUCACCGUUCUCAUGAUCAUUGCAACUCCACGAGGUAAGAUCUUGCAUGGAGCCCCAGGCCGAGGGAGAUUGACAGUUAUUUUGUGUUUCUUCCCUUUCCGAAUAAUCGCACCAACUGUUGUCACCUUCUCACCAAGCUGCUUGGCGAUGGUCUUGUAGCCCAUUCCAGCCUUGUGUAGGUCUACAAUCUUGUCCCUGACAUCCUUGGAGAGCUCUUUGGUCUUAGCCAUGGUGGAGAGUUUGGAAUCUGAUUGAUUGCUUCUGUGGACAGGUGUCUUUUAUACAGGUAACAAGCUGAGAUUCGGAGCACUCCCUUUAAGAGUGUGCUCCUAAUCUCAGCUCAUUACCUGUAUAAAAGACACCUGGGAGCCAGAAAUCUUUCUGAUUGAGAGGGGGUCAAAUACUUAUUUCCCUCAUUAAAAUGCUAAUCAAUUUAUAACAUUUUUCACAUACGUUUUUCUGGAUUUUUUUGUUAUUCUGUCUCUCACUGUUCAAAUAAACCUACCAUUAAAAUUAUAGACUGAUCAUUUCUUUGUCAGUGAGCAAACAUACAAAAUCAGCAGGGGAUCAAAUACUUUUUGUUAAGAAAAUGUGUAUUUUUUUUAUUUAUGAACAUUUUAAUUUAGCAAAAUCACUGUAAGGUACUUAAUUGUUACCCUGAAAUGAUUUGAUAUUGAGAAUGAAAUCGCUGCAUUGGACCUUUAACAUUCACCUAAACUUCCCACUGUUGAAUUAAGAGAACUUUCAGAAACUGUUGAACCUGAAUCAAUGGGGAGCUCAAUAACACAUUCUGCAGUAUUACUACCACUACAGUCACUACUACUCUACUUAAGUCACUACUAUUGGCAUCCUACAAAUAGAACACUGAUAUAGAAAGGGCUAUGGAAGGCACUCGCGCUGAUGUCAUAUGGUCGGCUACAAAUCUAGCGUAGGCCACACGGAAAAUGGAGUGUCUGACUCUAAACCGAUCUGACAAGGGGGUUUAUACAUGCUAAUAAUGAGACCUGUCUCUCAUCCUCUCCCUGCAGAGUCGCAGUUGUCUCAAAGUCGUUUGAAGGGCAGACAGACAAGACGGAGGAAUGGUAUGGGACGCACUACAAACAGGAGCCCAUCUCUGAGGAAGUCCUCAAGGUGAGACUGAAAUGCAUUCAAACUCGACAGCUUUUCUAUAUACCCAUCACCCUGUGGGUGCAUCUCAGAAGUCUUUCUUUGAUUCCUCACGUCCUCUCCUUGCCUCAUCCUCGAAACACAUUGUAGGAGAAGAUCGGCUGUUCCUCUUCUCGGACCUUCUCCUUCAAUGCAUUUUCAGUAGGAGGAACGGAAACAAGGAAUAGAGGACAGAUUUGAGAUUCAGAUCUGACUGGGCGUCUUUUUAAAUUGUCCAUUGGCAAUGCUUAAAUUGGCAAUCUGCGAUUACAUUUUAGUAAUUUACCAGACGCUCUUAUCCAGAGCGACUUACAGUUAGUGAGUGCAUACAUUUUCAUACUGGCCCCCCGUGGGAAACAAACCCACAACCCUGGCGUUGCAAGCGCCAUGCUCUACCAACUGAGCUACAGAGGACCGUAUAAAAGAUGCUCAAAGUUGACCUAUUUUGCAUACCCCACCAUGCCAUGAGACAUCCAUGUCUUCAUCACUGGAAAAUAUAAACGGUUGAGAUAUCAUUUAAAAGCUUACAAACAGGGUUGUCAAACUAUUUUAUAUAUUAAUAUUUUUUUUAAAUAUUCGCAUAUGUUGUAGUUUAGGACCUAUUUUACAUCAUCUGAGGUGUUUGUGUUGUGCCCAUCGGUUGAGACGCAACAUGCUCUUACAGGGUAGGUGUCAUGUUUUGGCUGAUAAAUGUACUAAAAAGGGUAAUACAAUUUUACAUUUCAACUUUCAAAUGGUACCACAAAGAUGGUUGAAGGUCCACACAUCAGAAUGUUGACUUGAAUGGGAAUAUGUUGUUUUAAAUGAGUGUCAAGCCUCCAUAAGAAACCUAUUGAACUAAUAUAGGAAAUAAAAAAGACAUGAACACCAUCUUUGUGGUAGUAAUUAGAAGUUUAUAUUUCAAUGGUGUACCAGCCAAACUGCAGUGGUCUGAAUGGUUAGGUCCAUUCUAUUAAUUAUAUUUCUAUGAUUUAAGUGACACCCACCCUGUAUUCAAGAGCAUGUUGUGUCUCAACUGAUAGCGGGCACAACACAACCUCUGAUGUGAAGUAGGGUCUAAGCUACAACAUGCGAAUAUUACACAAUUCUGACUUCACAUAUUUUUUGAUGAUUGAUUUUAAAGGUAAGUCCCCCCCCAAAAAAUGUAACAUUGUUUUCAAGAAAUUAUAAAAUAGUUUGACAACGCUGUUUUGUAAGCUUUUAAGUUAUAUCAAACUCAACCUAGCUAUAUUUUCAAGUGAUGAAGAUAUGGAUGUCUCAUGGUAUGGUGGGGUAUGUAAAAUGGGUCAACAUUGAGCACCUAUAUCUCCUGAAUUUUUUGGCAUUCAGGUUUUAAUAAAAAUCACUUUCUGACCACCUCUUCCAUGGCCAGACAUGUAUGGAAAGUUUUGUUUAAAUCAAAAGGGAUGCUGUCAAAAAGUGAUUGAUUUCAAAUGGAUUAAGCCUAUAAUGAAAAAUAAUGUGACCGUUGAAAUGAAGAACGCAAUCUGCUUUCUCGUAACCUGUAGCUAUUUACUUAAGUAGCUAAAUAAAUAAAAAAUAAGAAAAUGGUUUUGACAGUAUUGGAAAUCAUGCCGUGGGUAUUUCCAAAUCUGGUAUACUGCCGAACCCUAGUGUGUAGUUGGUUGCCACUGGACAAAGUUGAUCCUGUGUCAUGUUGAAUCUGCCAUGGACAGUUUGUCUGAGUUUCGUCGUCUAUAGUUUAUUGGCCAUAGUUGGAUAGAUGUGUUGAAGCCUUUAGUCACGUAUCAAUAAAUUCCCUACCCAACCCUCAACUUAGCAAGGAGGACUAGCUAAAUCGUCUGUGUUUCAGAAAUGGGGAAACGCCAACCUCAAUGGCAAGUUCAAGCUGCCCAUGAAGAAUGAGUUCAUUCCCACCAGCUUUGAGAUCUACCCUCUGGAGAAGGACUCUCCCUCCGCCCCCACUCUAAUCAAGGUAAGGCCUCGCUCUGGAUAAGAGCGUCUGCUAAUUGACUAAAAUGUUGUGGUGUUACAUUAACAAACAGUUUUUACUUAAAUUGCCAAGCAGCUAGACAGAACUGAACGUUUUGCUGCGUGUUUCAAGUGUCUGAAUUGGUUCAUAAGCUUUCAUAUGACAAUGAGGAAACAGUGUCAGGAUUGAGAUGUUAAGUAUUUAGUACUGUUGUCAAGGUGUUCUGAUCAGAGGAUGUACAUGGUAACUACUGCUGACAGGUUGGAAUCUCUUGUGGAACAACUCUUUUGAGCUAUUAGCUUCAGUAUUACAUUUUUGACUGCUGUUCACAACCCAAUAAAGUACAAAAGCAGUUGUAGAGAUUUGAUAUACCUCGUAAAAACAAGUAUAUGAAGAUAUCAGGCUGCAGUACUUUUUGCAUGCCCUUUCUCCUCAAUGGAAUCUGCUGCUAAUGUAACCAUGCAUUCUUUUUUUCUAGGACACUGCUAUGAGCAAGGUGUGGUUCAAGCAGGAUGACAAGUUUUUCCUACCAAAGGCAUGCCUUAACUUUGAGUUCUUCAGGUUGGUAGACAAACCACAGCCCCUGUUCAAGUUUAUGAGAUGAUGAUCUGAUCAAUCGUUUGUAUUAUUUUCCUCAUACAAACUAUUGUAGUUAUAGGACUCAAAUACUGCUAUUUCAAAUCAUAUUAGGAAGGACCACAUGGGAACCCACUUGUCCUGCUGAGCCCUAUCCUUGAAUUAAUCAAUUAAUGUAGAAGCAACACUGCUACUGUUUGCUUUUCAAGGACAGUGAUUUGGAGAGAGAUUUCUGGCUGUAAAGUUGUAGCUAACAGUUGAUUCAUCACUGCCAUUUUCUCUACAGCCCGUUUGCGUAUGUGGACCCAAUACAUUGUAACAUGGCCUAUUUGUACCUGGAGCUCCUCAAGGACUCCCUCAACGAGUAUGCAUAUGCAGCCGAGCUAGCCGGCUUGAACUAUGACCUCCAAAAUACCAUCUAUGGGAUGUAUGUAAGUAUCCACAUUUCCCAUCGCCGCCGCGACCCCAAACCCACCUGUUCCUCCCUCGUGCAUUCUCAACAUGGGCCUUCGUAUCAGCCCUGGCUGCAUUAUCCUCUUCAUCUUUCCUUUCUCCCUCCUCCCUCCCUCGAACCGCCUCGUCGGAAAAGCUAGACUUGACAGCUUGAGGCUCUGAGUGUGGAAGACUGGCUGUAUCUUUUCCGUCUAUCUACGCCGUUUGUUUCUGUGUGUGUUAGUCUGUCUGUAGGAAGAUGGGGAGGUCCUAGAGCCCCCCUUUCCUUUUUUGUGUCCUGUCCGUUUAUGUUCCAACUUGUGGUUUCACUGCAAGGAUGGCCAAAUGUACAGUCGUGGUCAACAGUUUUGAGAAUGACACAUGUAUUGGUCUUCACAAAGUUUGCUGCUUCAGUGUUUUUAGAUGUUUUUGUCAGAUGUUACUAUGGUAUACUGAAGUAUAAUUACAAGCAUUCCAUAAGUGUCAAAGGCUUUUAUUGACAAUUACAUUAAGUUUAUGCAAAGAGUCAAUAUUUGCAGUGUUGACCCUUCUUUUUCAAGACCUCUGCAAUCCGCCCCCUGGCAUGCUGACAAUUAACUUCUGGGCCACAUCCUGACUGAUGGCAGCCCAUUCUUGCAUAAUCAAUGCUUGGAGUUUGUCCGAAUUUGUGGGUUUUUGUUUGUCCACCCGCCUCUUGAGGAUUGACCACAAGUUCUCAAUGGGAUUAAGGUCUGGGGAGUUUCCUGGCCAUGGACCCAAAAUGUUGAUGUUUUGUUCCCCGAGCCACUUAGUUAUCACUUUUGCCUUAUGGCAAGGUGCUCCAUCAUGCUGGGAAAGGCAUUGGUCGUCACUAAACUGUUCUUGGAUGGUUGGGAGAAGUUGCUCUCGGAGGAUGUGUUGGUACCAUUCUUUAUUCAUGGCUGUGUUCUUUGGCAAAAUUGUGAGUGAGCCCACUCCCUUCGCUGAGAAGCAACCCCACACAUGAAUGGUCUCAGGAUGCUUUACUGUUGGGAUGACACAGGACUGAUGGUAGCGCUCACCUUGUCUUCGCCGGACAAGCUUUUUUCCGGAUGCCCCAAACAAUCGGAAAGGGGAUUCAUCAGAGAAAAUGACUUUACCCCAGUCCUCAGCAGUCCAAUCCCUGUACCUUAUGCAGAAUAUCAGUCUGUCCCUGAUGUUUUUCCUGGAGAGAAGUGGCUUCCUCGCUGCCCUUCUUGACACCAGGCCAUCCUCCAAAAGUCUUUGCCUCACUGUGCGUGCAGAUGCACUCACACCUGCCUGUUACUAUUCCUGAGCAAGCUCUGCACUGGUGGUGCCCCGAUCCCGCAGCUGAAUCAACUUUAGGAGAUGGUCCUGGCGAUUGCUGGACUUUCUUGGGCGCCCUGACGCCUUCUUCACAACAUUUGAACCUCUCUCCUUGAAGUUCUUGAUGAUCCGAUAAAUGGUUGAUUUAGGUGCAAUCUUACUAGCAGCAAUAUCCUUGCCUGUGAAGCCCUUUUUGUGCAAAGCAAUGAUGACGGCACGUGUUUCCUUGCAGGUAACCAUGGUUAACAGAGGAAGAACAAUGAUUUCAAGCACCACCCUCCUUUUAAAGCGUCCAGUCUGUUAUUCUAACUCAAUCAGCAUGAUAGAGUGAUCUCCAGCCUUGUCCUCGUCAACACUCUCACCUGUGUUAACGAGAGAAUCACUGACAUGAUGUCAGCUGGUCCUUUUGUGGCAGGGCUGAAAUGCAGUGGAAAUGUUUUUUGGGGGAUUUUCAUUUUCAUGGCAAAGAGGGACUUUGCAAUUAAUUGCAAUUCAUCUGAUCACUCUUCAUAACAUUCUGGAGUAUAUGCAAAUUGCCAUCAUAUAAACUGAGGCAGCAGACUUUGUGAAAAUUAAUAUUUGUAUCAUUCUCAACUUUUGACCACGACUGUAGUCUUCAAGGAAUGCUGUUUAACUGAUAUGAAGUUGAACAUCAACUAUUCAUUUAUCCAAUACUUAUCUGACAACAGAGUAAGUUCAAUUGAUCAGGUCUGCAUUAAAAUAUGAACUAUAAUAUCAGCAGACUGCCUGUUUUGAAGGACACGUUUGGCCCCGUUGAUUUCACUGAAUCACUCCCAAAACACACCCCAACUAAUACACCUAGAUAGAACUUCAUACAUUCUCUCACAUUUUGUUGAUUUAUUUUAAUGCAUCUUUGGCAUCUAUUUUGAAAUUCUCAUUACUGUCAAUGUCAGCCAGAUAGAACAGUACGGGUCUCCUUCACAAGUCCUAAAGGAAUAAAGCCAAAAACAAUGUAUAGGUACUGUAAAUUCUGCUGACUCAUGAUCCCAAUAGCAAGUUAGAGACUGGAGCUGGCAUUGUACGUAUAGCUAAUAGCGUUCGAAAGCUCCUUCCAAUUUGUCCUCAAAAACUAUCUUCAUAUCGCUUAGUAUUGGAAUUAGGUUUUGCUAUGUGUUUGUUUUAAUGGCGAAUCGAGAUGCGCAAUGAUGCUUGUCUUCUAUCGUACACACUCUGUCCCUGUCUAGCUUUGGUUUGUGGUGGUUUGGUUUUACUCUUUAACUAACUCAUUUUACUCCUCUCACAUGUCUAACAUCCAAACUAAGCCUACCUCUGUCAAACAGUAUCUUAUGUGUGCAGAAUGAAGCAUAGUCCUAGUCAUGAGGAUAUUUUGCCUGCUUGUUAAAGUUAUCCACUACUGUUAUGUGAUAUCAACGUCAUAAAUAAGAGACUACCUAAGAAUAGGAUUAUACAUUUUAUAGGCUAAUCCCUCAUGGGUUGAUGCUACAUGCUUUAGAAAUUAUUUAAUUCUCCAUUCCAGCCAAUCACACAUACAGUGAGGGGAAAACAAGUAUUUGAUCCCCUGCUGAUUUUGUAUGUUUGCCCACUGACAAAGAAAUUAUCAGUCUAUAGACAGAAUAAGUGACAGAAUAACAACAAAAAAAUCCAGAAAAACGCCUUUAUGAUAGGGUGGUUUUCUCUAUAUUAAGCUUUUCUAAGCUUUAGGAGUAAUAGAGUUGAGUCAGCACAAACUAGCUGGGGACUCAUCAAGGGUAAUGAUGUUGGAAGAGAUUUAGAGUUAACUGGUGUCAGUGUGUGUCAGGGAGAACGAGAGAGGGGAGGUAGAGGGUGACUACGAGAGCUAAACGCUGUAGCCUGAUGGUAUUUCAGAUUCAUGAAGGCGCCUGAAGGUUUGGAUGAUAGUGCAAAGCAGAGCUUCAUAUAACCUUGACUGGGCUCUGCCCAAGCACUGUGUGGUUGGUUUGAUAAAUUUACACGGACAUACUACAGUCACAUGCAUACACACACCACUCACUGGAUAACUUAUUGUUAGCUUGGGGAAAUGCAUUUGCAGUAGAUGGUAAUGAGCAAUGCUUGCUAUGUAGAGAGUUGAGUAGUUGGCUACAGACCCAUAAAAUGUUCAUUGCAGUGGCAGCAAUGCCGGGUUGGCACCCUGUGCUAACGAGCUAGUGUGUAUAACGAGCUAGUGUGUGAUGCCACAGUCAUUAGCGUGGAUGCUAGCGCGGUCAGUGACAGUCACGGUAGAGGAACGUCAUGGCCCAGCCUGCCUCCCUCUGCUGUGUGUGAGGGGCCAUUUCACAGACUGUGCUCAGGACUCAGCCAGCACUCAGUGUCCCCUUUGACAGAUACGUGGUUAGCGUUACACUGAGGAGAGUCAGUGUCCUAGAGGAAGGGGCAGGAGGGGAGGUUUAGGAGGGUGGUCUAAAAAUAAUACUACCUUUUAGUUUCCCUAACCGAUGGGGCUGUUUAUUAAUCCGCACACACAUUUUACUGUUCUUUCCUACAGGUUCUAUGCCACAUCAAGUUAUGCUCACCUUUUAUCUCUCCCACCCUCUUCCUUCCAUCUCCUUCCCACAGCUCUCAGUGAAGGGUUACAAUGACAAGCAGCACAUCCUGCUGAAGAAGAUCAUUGAGAAGAUGGCUGCGUUUGAGAUUGAUGAGAAACGCUUUGACAUCAUCAAGGAAGCGGUAAGCUGAGCCCCACCCCCCAGUUUAAAACUGUUCUCAGGCUAUGAUAUCAUAAUGGAUCGAAGCUGAUGCUGGUUUUUGACUCUGUGGUUCUGAUAUUGUUUGACCCCAUGGCACACCAAAACUAUCCUUGAAAUGUGUUUGACUCCUGAAAUGACUGGGCUGAACGUUGACCCCUGGUUUCCCUUUGACCCCUCCUCCAGUAUAUGAGGUCGCUGAACAACUUCAGGGCGGAGCAACCCCAUCAGCAUGCCAUGUACUACCUGCGUCUGCUGAUGACAGAGGUGGCCUGGACCAAAGACGAGCUCAAGGAGGCUCUGGACGGUGAGCCGUUCUCUCUCUAUCUCUCACACACAUCCCUACACACGCGGGCAUGCGUACGUACGUAUGUACGUACAUACCCGCGCACACACACACACUCCUCCCUUCCUAUCUCUCCCCCACUCUCAUUUGAAUACUGAGCCAGUUUGAGCUCCUCCCUGAGCUGCAGUAAUUUCUCUGCAGUGAAAAUCUUACCGUAGGAAGAGGAGCAGAUGUACUGUUUGUACGUUCAGUACAUUGGGUUCACAAUGGAGCCUCGUCCUGUGUAUCACUUGAGGCUGAGUUUACCUUGGGGAAAAGACAGCAUUUCUGUCUGUUAUCAUUAUUACCAAAAAUAAACGUGUCCCUAUUUCACCUGCCUAGUGCUAGGGCUGUGACGAUACCAGUAUCGCAAUAUGUUUUCCAUGUCAAAAAGGAAGACCAAACUCGUUGUUUUUUUAGAAAAACCUGCCCUAUGUAAAAUAUUGUGUGCUAUAACUUGGAAAAUAAAUCAAUGUGACUCUGGGUGACAAAUAACUGCUCACUUUAAUAAUGGAACACUGGUCACUUUAAUAAUAUUUACAUACUGUUUUACCCAUUUCAUAUGUAUAUACUGUAUUCUAGCCAAGUCCAUCCUAUUCAACUAUUGUUAUACAUACAGUGCCUUCGGAAAGUAUUCAGACCUCUUGACUUUUUCCACAUUUUGUUACGUUACAGCCUUAUUCCAAAGUUAAUUACAUUGUUUUUUUCCCCCUCAUCAAUCUACACACAACACCCCAUAAAGACAAAGCAAAAAUAGGUUUUUAGACAUUUUUGCAAAUGUAUUUCAAAUAAAAAAACUAUCAUAUUUACAUAAAUAUAUUCAGACCCUUUACUCAGUACCUUGUUGAAGCACCUUUGGCAGCGAUUACAGCAUUGAGUCUUCUUGGGUAUGACGCUACAAGCUUGGCACACCUGUAUUUGGGAACGUUCUCCCAUUCUUCUCUGCAGAUCCUCUCAUGGUUGGAUGGGGAGAAUUGCGGCACAGCUAUUUUCAGGUCUCUCCAGAGAUAUUCGAUCGGGUUCAAGUCCGGGCUCUGGCUGUGCCACUCGAGGACAUUCAGAGACUUGUCCCAAAGCCACUCCUGUGUUGUCUUGGCUGUGUGCUUAGGGUUGUUGUCCUGUUGGAAGGUGAACCUUCGCCCCAGUCUGUUGUCCUGAGCGCUCUGGAGCAGGUUUUCAUCAAGGAUCUCUCUGCACUUUGCUCCGUUCAUCUUUGCCUCGACCCUGACUAGUCUCCCAGUCACUGCUGCUGAAAAACAUCCCCACAGCAUGAUGCUGCCUCCACCAUGCUUCACCGUAGGGAUGGUGCCAGGUUUCCUCCAGGCGUGACACUUGGCAUUCAGGCCAAAGAGUUCAAUCUUGGUUUCAUUCGACCAGAGAAUCUUGUUUCUCAUGGUCUGAGAGUCUUUAGGUGCCUUUUGGCAAACUCCAAGCGUGAAGCAUGGGGGUGGCAACAUCAUGCUGUGGGGGUGCUUUGCUGCAGGAGGGACUGGUGCACUUCACAAAAUAGAUGGCAUCAUGAGGAAGGAAAAUUAUGUUGAUAUAUUAAAGCAACAUCUCAAGACAUCAGUCAGGAAGUUAAAGCUUGGUCGCAAAUGGGUCUUCCAAAUGGACAAUGACCCCAAGCAUACUUCCAAAGUUGUGGCAAAAUGGCUUAAGGACAACAAAGUCAAGGUAUUGGAGUGGCCAUCACAAAGUCCUGACAAUCCUAUAGAAAAUAUGUGGGCAGAACUGAAAAAGCGUUUGCGAGCAAGGAGGCCUACAAUCCUGACUCAGUUACACCAGCUCUGUCAGGAGGAAUGGGCCAAAAUUCACCCAACUUAUUGUGGGAAGCUUGUGGAAGGCUACCCUAAACGUUUGACCCAAGUUAAAAAAUUUAAAGGCAAUGCUACCGAAUACUAAUUGAGUGUAUGUAAACUUCUGACCCACGGGGAAUGUGAUGGAAGAAAUAAAGUGGUGACAUUUCACAUUCUUAAAAUAAAGUGGUGAUCCUAACUGGAAUUUUUACUAGGAUUAAAUGUUAGGAAUUGUGAAAGCCAAAUACAUUUCAACUCAGGUUAAGGUGUAUGUAAACUUCCGACUUCAACUGUAUAUACACACAGUACCAGUCAAAAGUUUGGACACACCUACAGUGCCUUUCAAAAGUAUUCAUCCCCCUUGGCAUUUUUUCUAUUUUGUUGCAUUACAACCUGUAAUUUAAAUGGAUUUUUAUUUGGAUUUCAUGUAUUGGACAUACACAAAAUAGUCCAAAUUGGUGAAGUGAAAUGAAACGAAUAACUUGUUUUAAAGAAAUUCAAAUAAAUGAAUAACGGAAAAGUGGUGCGUGCAUAUGUAUUCACCCCCUUUGCUAUGAAGCCCCUAAAUAAGAUCUGGUGCAACCAAUUACCUUCAGAAAUCACAUAAUUAGUUAGAUUGCACACUGGUGGACUUUAUUUAUGUGUCACAUGAUCUGUCACAUAAUUUCAGUGUAUAUAUACACCUGUUCUGAAAGGCACCAGAGUCUGCAACACCACUAAGCAAGGGGCACCACCAAGCAAGCGGCACCAUGAAGAACAAGGAGAUCUCCAAACAGGUCAGGGACAAAGUUGUGGAGAAGUACAGAUCAGGGUUGGGUUAUAAAAAAACUUUGAACAUCCCACGGAGCACCAUUUUAAAUCCAUGAUUAAAAAUUUUUAAGAAUAUGGCAGCACAACAAACCUGCCAAGAGAGGGCCGCCCACUAAAAACUCACAGACCAGGCAAGGAGGGCAUUAAUCAGAGACCAAAGAUAACCCUGAAGGAGCUGCAAAGCUCCACAGCGGAGAUUGGAGUAUCUGUCCAUAGGACCACUUUAAGCUGUACACUCCACAGAGCUGGGCUUUACGGAAGAGUGGCCAGAAAAAAUAAAUUGCUUAAAGAAAAAAUAAGCAAACACGUUUGGUGUUCACCAAAAGGCAUGUGUGAUACUCCCCAAACAUAUGGAAGAAGGUACUCUGGUCAGAUGAGACUAAAAUCGAGCUUUUUGGCCAUCAAGAAAAACGCUAUGUCUGGCGCAAACCCAACACCUCUCAUCACCCUGAGAACACCAUCCCCACAGUGAAGCAUGGUGGUGGCAGCAUCAUGCUGUGGGGAUGUUUUUCAUCAGCAGGGACUGGGAAACUGGUCAGAAUUGUAGGAAUGAUGGAUGGCGCUAAAUACAGGGAAAUUCUUGAGGGAAACCUGUUUCAGUCUUCCAGAGAUUUGAGACUGGGAUGGAUGUUCACCUUCCAGCAGGACAAUGACCCUAAGCAUACUGCUAAAGCAACACUCGAGUGGUUUAAGGGAAAUAUUUAAAUGUCUUGGAAUGGCCUAGUCAAAGCCCAGACCUCAAUCCAAUUGAGAAUCUGUGGCAUGACUUAAAGAUUGCUGUACACCAGCAGAACCCAUCCAACUUGAAGGAGCUGGAGCAGUUUUGUCUUGAGGAAUAGGCACAAAUCCCAGUGGCUAGAUGUGCCAAGCUUAUAGAGACAUACCCCACGAGACUUGCAGCUGUAAUUGCUGCAAAAGGUGGCUCUACAAAGUAUUGACUUUGGGAGGGGUGAAUAGUUAUGCACGCUCAAGUUUUCUGUUUUUUUCUCUUCUUGUUUCACAGUAACAAAUAUUUUGCAUCUUCAAAGUGGUAGGCAUGUUGUGUAAAUCAAAUGAUACAAACCCCAAAAAAAUAUAUUUUAAUUCCAGGUUGUAAGGCAACAAAAUAGGAAAAAUGCCAAGGGGGUGAAUACUUUCACAAGCCACAGUACUCAUUCAAGGGUUUUUCUUUAUUUUUACAAUUUAUUACAUUGUAGAAUAAAAGUGAAGACAUCAGAACGAUGAAAUAACACAUACAGUGGGGGAAAAAAUUAUUUAGUCAGCCACCAAUUGUGCAAGUUCUCCCACUUAGAAAGAUGAGAGGCCGGUAAUUUUCAUCAUAGGUACACGUCAACUAUGACAGACAAAAUGAGAAAAAAAAUUCCAGAAAAUCACAUUGUAGGAUUUUUAAUGAAUUUAUUUGCCAAUUAUGGUGGAAAAUAAGUAUUUGGUCAAUAACAAAAGUUUCUCAAUACUUUGUUAUAUACCCUUUGUUGGCAAUGACACAGGUCAAACGUUUUCUGUAAGUCUUCACAAGUUUUUCACACACUGUUGCUGGUAUUUUGGCCCAUUCCUCCAUGCAGAUCUCCUCUAGAGCAGUGAUGUUUUGGGGCUGUCGCUGGGCAACACGGACUUUCAACUCCCUCCAAAGAUUUUCUAUGGGGUUGAGAUCUGGAGACUGGCUAGGCCACUCCAGGACCUUGAAAUGCUUCUUACGAAGCCACUCCUUCGUUGCCCGGGCGGUGUGUUUGGGAUCAUUGUCAUGCUGAAGGACCCAGCCACGUUUCAUCUUCAAUGCCCUUGCUGAUGGAAGGAGGUUUUCACUCAAAAUCUCACGAUACAUGGCCCCAUUCAUUCUUUCCUUUACACGGAUCAGUCGUCCUGGUCCCUUUGCAGAAAAAAAGCCCCAAAGCAUGAUGUUUCCACCCCCAUGCUUCACAGUAGGUAUGGUGUUCUUUGGAUGCAACUCAGCAUUCUUUAUCCUCCAAACACGACGAGUUGAGUUUUUACCAAAAAGUUAUAUUUUGGUUUCAUCUGACCAUAUGACAUUCUCCCAAUCCUCUUCUGGAUCAUCCAAAUGCACUCUAGCAAACUUCAGACGGGCCUGGACAUGUACUGGCUUAAGCAGGGGGACACGUCUGGCACUGCAGGAUUUGAGUCCCUGGCGGCGUAGUGUGUUACUGAUGGUAGGCUUUGUUACUUUGGUCCCAGCUCUCUGCAGGUCAUUCACUAGGUCCCCCCGUGUGGUUCUGGGAUUUUUGCUCACCGUUCUUGUGAUCAUUUUGACCCCACAGGGUGAGAUCUUGCGUGGAGCCCCAGAUCGAGGGAGAUUAUCAGUGGUCUUGUAUGUCUUCCAUUUCCUAAUAAUUGCUCCCACAGUUGAUUUCUUCAAACCAAGCUGCUUACCUAUUGCAGAUUCAGUCUUCCCAGCCUGGUGCAGGUCUACAAUUUUUUUUCUGGUGUCCUUUGACAGCUCUUUGGUCUUGGCCAUAGUGGAGUUUGGAGUGUGACUGUUUGAGGUUGUGGACAGGUGUCUUUUAUACUGAUAACAAGUUCAAACAGGUGCCAUUAAUACAGGUAACGAGUGGAGGACAGAGGAGCCUCUUAAAGAAUAAGUUACAGGUCUGUGAGAGCCAGAAAUCUUGCUUGUUUGUAGGUGACCAAAUACUUAUUUUCCACCAUAAUUUGCAAAUAAAUUCAUAAAAAAUCCUACAAUGUGAUUUUCUGGAUUUUUUUCUUCUCAAUUUGUCUGUCAUAGUUGACGUGUACCUAUGAUGAAAAUUACAGGUCUCUCAUCUUUUUAAGUGGGAGAACUUGCACAAUUGGUGGCUGACUAAAUACUUUUUUCCCCCACUGUAUGUAUGUGUACACACACACACACACACACACAUAUAUAUAUAUAUAUAUAUAUAUAUAUAUAUGCGCGCAAAGGGUGGCUACGUUGAAGAAUCUCUAACAUAAAAUAUAUAUUGAGAUGUUUUCACACGUUUUUGCUUACUACAUGAUUCCAUGUGUUAUUUCAUAGUUUUGAUGUAUUCACUAUUAUUCUACAAUGUAGAAAAUAGUACAAAUAAAGAAAAACCCUUGAAUGAGUAGGUGUGUCCAAACUUCUGACUGGUACUGUAUCUAUAAAAAAAUAGAACAAUAAUAAAAUUGCAACAUGUAAACUGUUGGUCCCAUGAAAUAAAAUAUCACAGAAAUGCUCCAUGUGCACAACCUUUUUUCUCUCAAAUUUUGUGCACAAAUUUGUUUACAUCCCUGUUAGUGAGCAUUUCUCAUUUGCCAAGAUCAUCCAUCCACCUGACAGGUGUGGCAUAUCAAGAAGCUGAUUAAACAGCAUCAUUACACAGGUGCUCCUUGUGCUGUGGACAAUAAAAGGCUGCAGUUUUGUCACACAACACAAUGCCACAGAUGUCUCAAGUUUUGAGGGAAUGUGCAAUUGGCAUUUCUACUACAGGAAUGUCCACCGGAGCUGUUGCCAGAGAAUUGAAUGUUCAUCUACAAUAAGCCACCUCCAACGUCGUUUUUAGAGAAUUUGGCAGGACGUCAAACCGUCCUCACAAUCGCAGACCACGUGUAACCACGCCAGCCCAGGACCUCCACAUCUGACUUCUUCACAUGUGGGAUCGUCUGAGAUCAGCCACCCGGAUUGCUGAUGAAUCUGAGGAGUAUUUCUGUCUGUAAUAAAGCCCUUUUGUGGGGUAAAACUCUCAGCCAUUCUGAUUGGCUGGGGCUUGCUCCCCAGUGGGUCGGCCUGGCUCACAAGUGGGUGGGCCUAUACCCUCCCAGGUCCACCCAGUCAUGUGAAAUCCAUAGAUUAGGGCGUAAUGCAUUUAUUUAAAUUGCCGGAUUUCCUUAUAUGAGCUAUAACGCAGUAAAUUAUUGUAUGUUGCGUUUAUAUUUUUGUUCAGUGUAUAUAUAUAUUUAUAUUCUGGACUCGUCCUAAUAUUUCUUUUACUUUUUUAAAUUUGUGUUUAUUGUUAGAUAUUACUGCACUGUUGGAGUUAGGAACACAAGCAUUUCGCUACAUCUGCUAAACAUGUGUAUGUGACCAAUAACAUUUGAUCUGAUGUUUGUUUCCAAUAUUAGGGCGGUUUUCCUAAGGAAGUUAAAUCCGCUUCGUGUUUUGUUUCCUUGCCACAACGCUAACAAGUACUGCGAUACUGGUAUCUUCCCAGCCCUUCCUCGUACCUAUGUUUUUAGUUGGUGCCCCUGUUUCCCUUCUCUGGGUCUCCAGACAUUCUCAGAUCCCUGUCCCUGGUUUUUACAGACAAGCUACUGCUGUGUGUGUGGCCCUUCCCUACUACCCUCCCCUCACUCAUCCCUGGCUGCUUCUCACCACUAUCCGAAUGAAUCUGGGUCAGACACUGUGUGAAUUCAGAUUGACCAGCCUACGCAGAGAAGAAGUGUGUGUGUGUGUGUCUGCAUGUCUCCACGUUUUUGUGAACGUGUCUAGGGUGAGUGUGUUUGUGUACGUACAUUUCUGCCUGGGUUCAUGACAGGGAUGCUAUGCGGUGGGCAGCAAGAGCCCGCAUGACUGAUGCAUUUGAUUCGGUUCUAGCCUGAUUAUAGAUUUAGAAUGAUGGCUCUGUGAUUGAUUGCUCCCGUCUGAAUCUGUCUUCCAGAUGUCACUCUCCCCCGCCUUAAGGCCUUCAUAUCUCAACUAUUGUCACGGUUACACAUCGAGACCCUUCUCCAUGGCAACAUCACCAAGGAGGUGAGUUUGAUCUUACCUUCCAGUGGACAGACUGUUGUAUUUUCUUCAUUUGUAAAUGGCAGGCAGACACAUGCACACAGCGAGACAUUCAAUGUAUUGAAUGUGGAUAUGUUCUAUAACUGCUUAUACGGGCAGCCGCUCCUCUUCCAUAUAGGUUUUAAGUGGAAUCCUUUUAAAUGUCCUCUAGCAGUGACAGAAGGUGAACACACUGUCAAACCCUGAUAAGAUCCUCCGAUCAAAUCACACACUUUCUAAAAGAUCCCAGCCGUCGCCGAACAGUCUCCCUUAUAUCUGGUAAUGAUGCCCAGUGGAGAGGUGUCACAGUCUAGUGGAGAGGGAAUUGGAUGCACCAGCGGGGGCAAUGGUCCACUUCAUCACCAUAGAGACUCACAGUUCACUGCGAGACUCCUAUUACCUUAGAAAGAGCUUGUACUGCGUGGACAGAAUAUUAUAGCAGUGUUCUGAUUCAGUGGAAGGACCUAUAGAUAGGUAUCUGCUAUUUACCAUAGAACGUGGGAGAUUAGCUAUGGAAAGAGUUAUCUUGCCACAUUUAAAAAGGUGGUUUACAACACUGAUUUAUAUCAUUUGCACCUCUCACUUUUCUCUCUCUAUCUCUUUUUUUCUCUCUUUCUCCAGUCUGCUCUAGACAUGAUACAGAUGGUCGAGGACACGCUUAUGAAUCAAGCCCACACCAAGCCCCUCCUACCAAGCCAGUUGAUUCGCUACAGGGAGGUGCAGGUGCCAGAUGGUAGGUCAACUGCCCAUCAUUCCCUUCCUCCUCAGGUACCUGCCAGUCAUGCCCGUCCCCAUGGUGACCAUGAUGAAGGUUUCUUACCCAACAGUCUGGCCUACGUCAGGACCUGUGCUUGUGUAAAACCUCAGUGUCUAUGCCCCGCCAAUGUCCAAGGGUGAAAGGCUCAGCAAGGGGAAACAGACAUCACUAGGCAAUACAAUACACACACUUUUCCUUAACCUCUUACACAAACACACACCGCACAACAACACACACACAGCACCACAGUGCCACUCUUUUUUUGAUGACAUUAGGUAACUUGAGCGGAGAGGAAAGUCAGAGCUGUCUGGGCCACCUGGAAACAUCCUGGAUCCAGCUGGCUGGCCAGCCAGGAACUGAAGCAGGAUUGGGACUGAGGGUUGAAAACACAAAAUGAACUAGCCGUUGGUCGGAGCACGAUUUCUAGCUUCCCAACAAAAAAGCUUAUAACAUAAGCUUUUACAGACACAUACUUCAACUGCUAACUCUCAUCUUCACCUGCACACGUUUUCCAUUCUGAGGAGAACUGUUGACACAUCAUUCCCCAUAGAAAAGGAUAUGCAUAAGCAACCUGCUGCAUUCCCCAACCCGUCUCUCCUCAUUCAAAGUCUGCUUGAUCAGUUAGGACUCAAAUGCGAGUAAAUAUCCAAAUGAACUCAACAUGUCCCUAGGGUUUUUGCGCAUCUACUUUUCAAAAAUGAAAGUGCCAAUGAAAAGCUUUUAACACGGCUAUUCACAGCCACUCAGCAAAACGUGUGAUGUUGGCUUAGUCUCUCCUGUCCUCUAGCUGAAUUCUAUAUAUAACGUUUCUGUAUUAUGCUUUUUAAAUCUAUCGAAACACGUUCUUUAGUAAUUGUAUUUUCGCAGUUAAGCCGGUGGUGCAUCAAUUGGCUAGGUUGUUUAGGGCUUGUUGCUUAUUCCUAAAUGCAUUUUUUUAAGCCUCAAUGUUUGCUGAGUUGCGCAUGCGUCGUUAUACAGUAUUUGCAUUUGGGUUAGCUGUUUGAGGCCCAUGCCUUCUGUAUUGCAUGGUUAGUAAAUGUGUGUUUUGAAGAUUGUGAUGCCUCAGUAUGUGUAUAAACUCUGGGUCAUAUACACUCAGUUUAUUAGGUACACCCAUCUAGUACUGGGUCGGACCCCCCUUUGCCUCCAGAACAGCCUGAAUUCUUCGGGGCAUGGAAACGUUGCUCAAUUGGUAUCAAGGGACCUAAUGUGUGCCAGGGAAACAUUUCCUACACCAUUAAACCACCGUCACCAGCCUGUACUGUUGACACCAGGCAGGAUGGGGCCAUGGACUCAUGCUGCUUACGCCAAAUCCUGACUCUGCCAUCAGCAUGACGCGACAGGAACCGGGAUUCGUCGGCCCAGGCGCUGUUUUUCCACUCCUCAAUUGUCCAGUGUUGGUGAUCGCGUGCCCACUGGAGCCGCUUCUUCUUGUUUUUAGCUGAUAGGAGUGGAACCCCCCGGUGUGGUCGUCUGCUCCAAUAGCCCAUCCGUGACAAGGACUGACUAGUUGUGCGUUCCGAGAUGCUGUUCUGCACACCACUGUUGUACUGCGUCGUUAUUUCUGUUUGUGGCCCGCCUGUUAGCUUGCAUGAUUCUUGCCAAGCUGCUUUGCCCACAGGACUGCCGCUGACUGAAUGUUUUUUGUUUGUCGCACCAUUAUUAUUAUUAUUAUUUUUAUUUUUUACCCCCAAUUUCGAUCUUGUCUCAUCGCUGCAACUCCCGAACGGGCUCGGGAGAGGCGAAGGUUGAGGCAUGCGUCCUCCAAAACAUGAACCGCCAAGCCACGCUUCUUAACACCCACUCGCUUAACCCGGAAGCCAGCUGCACCAAUGUGUCGGAGGAAACAUCGUUCAACUGACGACCGAAGUCAGCUUGCAGGCAUCCGGUCCGACACAAGGAGCCCCCCCGGCCAAACCCUCCCCUAACCCGGAUGACGCUGGGCCAAUUGUGCGCCGCCCAAUGGGACUCCCAGUCACAGCCGUUGCGACACAGCCUGGGAUCGAACCCCAGUCUGUAGUGAUGCCGCUUAGACCGCUGCACCACUCGGGAGGCUGUCACACCAUUCUUGGUAAAACCUAGACACUGUCGUGCGUGAAAAGCCCAGGAGGCUGGCCGUUUCUGAGAUUCUGGAACCGGCGCGCCUGGCACCGAUCAUACCACGCUUAAAGUUGCUUAGAUCACACGUUUUUCCCAUUCUAACGUUCAAUCGAAUAGUAACUGAAUGCCUCGAUGCUGGUCUGCCUGCUUUAUAUAGCAAGCCAUGGCCACGUGACUCACUCUCUGUAGGAGAGAACCAUUUUCGUGAACGGGGUGGUAUACCUAAUAAACUGUCCACCGAGUGUAUUUAUUAGGCACCAAAUGGACUGAAACAGGGAUGUACUACCUGGACUUGUCCAAUAAGAAACACUUGUUUUCUUUUUUCCUUGCAAAACAUUUGGAACCUUUUCCAUUAUGUGCCCUAAUGACUACGACCCUGCUGUCUGUGUCUUCCAGGUGGCUGGUAUGUGUACCAGCAGAGGAACGAGGUGCACAACAACUGUGGCAUAGAGAUCUACUACCAGACAGACAUGCAGACAACCCACAACAACAUGCUGCUGGAGCUCUUCUGUCAGAUCAUCUCUGAGCCCUGCUUCAACACACUGCGCACCAAGGAACAGUUGGGUAAGACCACUCACACACACUCCAGUGGAGACCGGUCCAGAUAGGCAGGGAGGGGGGGAAUUACCUCCUGUGAAAAGGUCCUUUGUAAAGUACUCAAACACACUUGAACUCAAAACCCUGCAGUGAAAAGGGGACAGUAGACUACAUGCAUGCAGUUAAACACAUACACACGUUCCAGAAUUUACAGUGCAUUGUUAAAGACUUUCACUCUCCUCUCUCCUCAGGGUACAUAGUGUUUAGCGGUCCGCGGCGCGCUAACGGGGUCCAGGGCCUGCGCUUCAUCAUCCAGUCGGAGAAGGCCCCCCACUACCUGGAGAGCCGGGUGGAGGCCUUCCUAAAAGCCACGGAGAAGUCUGUGGAGGAAAUGAACGACGAGGCCUUCCAGAAACACAUCCAGGCCCUGGCCAUCCGCCGCCUGGACAAGCCCAAGAAGCUGGCCGCCGAGUGUGCCAUGUACUGGGGGGAGAUCAUCUCCCAGCAGUACAACUUCGACAGAGGUGAGCAUGUGCAGACACACAAUGUGCAAUAUGCACUUGUGAAUACACACCUAUUCCUUUACCUGGGCUAGAGGCUUAAGAGCUUUUUCCAAGUGAAAUCUGUGGGUAGUUUGCUGAGUUAGUGUUGACUAAAUGGAUAUUCCUCCUGAUCCUCCUCAUAUUAUAACUGCUAGGAGGCCUUGUUAUAUGAAUAGGUGUUUUGAGUGAGAUAUACAGUGGAUAUAGAAAGUCUACACAACCCUGUUAAAAUGCCAGGUUUUUGUGAUGUAAAAGAAGGGACAAAGAUAAAUCAUGUCAGAACUUUUUCCACUGUUAAUGUGACCUAUAAUGUGAACAAUUCAAUAGAAAAACAAACUGAAAUCUUCGAGGGGGGAAAAAUGAAAAAUAAAAACCUUACAAUAACCUGGUUGCAUAAGCGUGCACACCCUCUUAUAACUGGGGAUGUGGCUGUGUUCAGAAUUAACCAAUCACAUUCAAACUCAUGUUAAAUAGAAGUCAUUACACACCUGCCAUCAUUUAAAGUGACUGAUUAAUCACAAAUAAAGUUCAGCUUUUCUAGUAGGAUUUCCCUGACAUUUUCUUAGUUCCAUCUCAGAGCAAAAGCCAUGGUCCGCAGAGAGCUUCCAAAGCAUCAGAGGGAUCUCAUUGUUGAAAAAUAUGAGUCAGGAGAAGGGUAAAAAAUAAUUUCCAAAGCAUUACAUAUACCAUGGAACACAGUGAAGACAGUCAUCAUCAAGUGGAGAAAAUAUGGCACAACAGACACAUUACCAAGAACUGGACGUCCCUCCAAAAUGUAUGAAAAGACGAGAAGAAAACUGGUCAGGGAGGCUUCCAAGAGGCCUACAGCAACAUUAAAGGAACUGCAGGAAUUUCUGGCAAAUACUGGCUGUGUGCUACAUGUGACAACAAUCUCCUGUAUUCUUCAUAUGAAUGGGCUAUGGGGUAGGGUGGCAAGACUGAAGCCUUUUCUUACAAAGAAAAACAUCCAAGCUCGGCUGAAGUUUGCAAAAACAAACAUCAAGUCCCCCAAAAGCACGUGGGAAAAUGUGUUAUGGUCUGAUGAAACCAAGGUUGAACUUUUUGGCCAAUAAUUCCAAAAUGUAUGUUUGGUGCAAAAACAACACUGCACAUCACCCAAAGAACACCAUACCCACAGUGAAGCAUGGUGGUGGUGGCAGCAUCAUGUUUUGGGGCUGUUUUUCUUCAGUUGGAACCAGGGCCUUAGUCAGGGUGGAGGGAAUUAUGAACAGUUCCAAAUACCAGGCAAUUUUGGCACAAAACCUUCAGGCUUCAGUUAGAAAGCUGAAGACGAAGAGGAAGUUCACCUUUCAGCACGACAACGACCCAAAGCACACAUCCAAAUCCACAAAAGCCUGGCUUCACCAGAAGAAGAUUAACGUUUUGGAAUGGCCCAGCCAGAGCCCAGACCUGAAUCCAAUUGAGCAUCUCUGGGGUGAUCUGAAGAGGGCUGUGCACAGGAGACGUCCUCGCAAUCUGACAGAUUUGGAGCGCUUUUGCAAAGAUAGGUGGGCAAAUAUUGCCACGUCAAGAUGUGCCAUGCUAAUAGACUCAUACCCCAAAAGACUGAGUGCUGUAAUAAAAUCAAAAGAUGCUUCAACAAAGUAUUAGUUUAAGGGUGUGCACACUUAUGCAACCAGGUUAUUGUGAGUUUUUUAUUUUUCCCCCUCAAAGAUUUCAGUUUGUUUUUCAAUUGAAUUGUUCACAUUAUAGGUCUCAUUCUUUACAUCACAAAAACCUGGCAUUUUAACAGGGGUGUGUAGACUUUUUAUAUCCACUGUACAUUUAUUUAUAUUGACAUUCUGGAGGAUCCCUGAGGGAAAGGAAGGUUGUUGCUGUCUCGGAGCUACCUGCCGCAGAAAUUAGCAAUGAUUAGGCCCCAGAAUAAACUCCCGGAGCACACCUCGCCCUUGCAGCUUUCUCCUGAGUGCUAUUAUGGAUUGUAAUGGGCUGGUAAUCUGCCAUAAACCCCUGUGUGAUCCAGAACGCUAAUUAGGGAGAGGUGAUGAUAACCAUCAAUGUUCUCAUUGUUAGAGGGAAAGAGGAUGGGAGAAGACUGAGGGCAGCAACCGUCAACACUAAUGUCAUGAUAGGAAGUGGAGCCUUGGUCAAUAGUGGAACAUUGUACGGUCGGGGUGGCUGGUGAUCCUGUAGGGCAUUGGUCACCAACCGGUCGAUCACGAUCGGCUGGUCGAUCUUCAAGACAUUUCUAGUCGAUCACCAAACAUUUCUGUAGAAAGUCCAAUGAUAAAGCGCAGUUGGCGGUAAGUGCACUUGAUUUAGAAGCCCUGCGCACCGGGUAGGUAAGGUUUUCCCAUUUUUAACCUUUUAAUUUGUCUCUAAAGACAAACUCCGCCUACCCGGCGAACUGGAUGAUCUGUGGCUAAAUCGAGUGUGUCUACUGCGCUGGCCAAUCGGAUAGCUCAAAUCACCGUGCCUAUAGCUUCCAGCAAAGUUUGAUACUAGCCUCCAUGAGAUUUCAUAGAUUUUAAAAACCAUGACCAGAGCGCGAGACUGUCAAAGAAUAUAGCAAAGAGCUGCUGUUUUUGAGUGAGUUCAUGAUUUAGUUUGUAUUCAGCACUGUCAACACUGUUUUUAUUCAACACUUUAUUACAAAACAUAAAACGUGCUUCUCCGUACUACCACUCGCACUGCAGCUGCAAUGAAUUAGUAGCUAAGUGUAUCAAUAGCCCUGCGUUUUUUAUUAUUACUAGCAGCUCAUCAUGUCUAUUUUAAUAUCUUGGAAUAUUUCACUUUGUCUGGUCAUAGGAACAACAUGAAUUUGUGCAUGAGGCAGAUGCUUUGCGACUUGAGAAGAUGGUGUCCCCCCCUCUGUGGUCAGUCUCACCGGAGGAAAGGAAGGAGAGACUAAUGCCUCCGCUGAGACUAAUGCCGUGUUGAAAACAACUGGGAACUUGGACAUCUCCGACUUCUGACUUCAGUGCGUUCAAGACAACUGGGAACUCUGAAAAAAAUGAAAUCCGACUGGGGGAAAAAUUGUUUGAACGGUCAUCCAACUCAGAAUUCCAAGUCUGAAGCUCGGUCAUCUUUCUAGAGCUCCGACCUGAAGAUCACUGACGUCAUGAUUUUACCUUGUUUUUCCCAUAGUUCCCAGUUGUCUUGAAAGCACCAUGACCAUCAGAUGCAGAUACCAUCAGUCCAGUAAAAUAAAAAAUCGAAUUAUUUCAAUUUAUGCUCAACCUCGCCUCACAAGUGCUACACCAACUGAUUUAUUUAGUUAUCAAAGCUCAAGUUUUGAAAUAUACACUGAACAAAAAUAUAAAUGCAACAUGCAGCAAUUUCAAAGAUUUGACUGAAUUACAGUUCAUAUAAGGAAAUCAGGCAACUGAAAUUCAUGGUUUCCACAUGACUGGGAAUACUGUUUUUUUUUUAGGGGCGUGGAUCAGAAAACCAGUCAGUAUCUGGUGUGACCACAAUUUGCAUCAUGCAGCAUGAAACAGCUCCUUCGCAUAGAGUUUUCAGUAUAAUAUGGUCUGAGAAGAACAAUAUCGGCAGACAUAUAGCCAAUAUGCUGUGAUAAUGUAUUAGGCCUACUGCACAAACCCCAUUCCUACAGAACUGUUUUAAUUAGGUAAAGAAAUGAAAAGAAUCUGAGCGGUAGAUCUCUGCUGGCUUUUUGACUGCGAAAGUGAAAUUGCCAGGGACCUCAUGAUACAAUAUUCUCACAAUACUUAGGCGCCGAUAUGUAUUGCAAAUCGAUACUGUGAUUUCAUUGCACUUUCAAUGUUCCAAACAGUAUUGCUCACUAUAUGUCUGCUGCAGUGACAAGAGGGAGCCAUGAGAAAACUACACUGCUCAAAAAAAUAAAGGGAACACUUAAACAACACAAUGUAACUCCAAGUCAAUCACACUUCUGUGAAAUCAAACUGUCCACUUAGGAAGCAACACUGAUUGACAAUAAAUUUCACAUGCUGUUGUGCAAAUGGAAUAGACAACAGGUGGAAAUUAUAGGCAAUUAGCAAGACACCCCCAAUAAAGAAGUGGUUCUGCAGGUGGUGACCACAGACCACUUCUCAGUUCCUAUGCUUCCUGGCUGAUGUUUUGGUCACUUUUGAAUGCUGGCGGUGCUUUCACUCUAGUGGUAGCAUGAGACGGAGUCUACAACCCACACAAGUGGCUCAAGUAGUGCAGCUCAUCCAGAAUGGCACAUCAAUGCGAGCUGUGGCAAGAAUGUGGUCCUCUGUAGCUCAGCUGGUAGAGCACGGCGCUUGAAACGCCAAGGUAGUGGGUUCGAUCCCCGGGACCACCCAUACACAAAAAAAUGUAUGCACGCAUGACUGUAAGUCGCUUUGGAUAAAAGCGUCUGCUAAAUGGCAUAUUAUUAUUAUUAUUAUUAUUAUUAUUAAGAAGGUUUGCUGUGUCUGUCAGCGUAGUGUCCAGAGCAUGGAGGCGCUACCAGGAGACAGGCCAGUAGAUCAGGAGACGUGGAGGAGGCCGUAGGAGGGCAACAACCCAGCAGCAGGACUGCUACCUCCGCCUUUGUGCAAGGAGGAGCAGGAGGAGCACUGCCAGAGCCCUGCAAAAUGACCUCCAGCAGGCCACAAAUGUGCAUGUGUCUGCUCAAACGGUCAGAAACAGACUCCAUGAGGGUGGUAUGAGGGCCCGACGUCCACAGGUGGGGGUUGUGCUUACAGCCCAACACCGUGCAGGACGUUUGGCAUUUGCCAGAGAACACCAAGAUUGGCAAAUUCGCCACUGGCGCCCUGUGCUCUUCACAGAUGAAAGCAGGUUCACACUGAGCACAUGUGACAGACGUGACAGAGUCUGGAGACGCCGUGGAGAACAUCCUCCAGCAUGACCGGUUUGGCGGUGGGUCAGUCAUGGUGUGGGGUGGCAUUUCUUUGUGGGGCCGCACAGCCCUCCAUGUGCUCGCCAGAGGUAGCCUGACUGCCAUUAGGUACCGAGAUGAGAUCCUCAGACCCCUUGUGAGACCAUAUGCUGGUGCGGUUGGCCGUGGGUUCCUGCUAAUGCAAGACAAUGCUAGACCUCAUGUGGCUGGAGUGUGUCAGCAGUUCCUGCAAGAGGAAGGCAUUGAUGUUAUGGACUGGCCCGCCCGUUCUCCAGACCUGAAUCCAAUUGAGCACAUCUGGGACAUCAUGUCUCGCUCCAUCCACCAACGCCACGUUGCACCACAGACUGUCCAGGAGUUGGCGGAUGCUUUAGUCCAGGUCUGGGAGGAGAUCCCUCAGGAGACCAUCCGCCACCUCAUCAGGAGCAUGCCCAGGCGUUGUAGGGAGGUCAUACAGGCACGUGGAGGCCACACACACUACUGAGCCUAAUUUUGACUUGUUUUAAGGACAUUACAUCAAAGUUGGAUCAGCCUGUAGUGUGGUUUUCCACUUAAAUUUUGAGUGUGACUCCAAAUCCAGACCUCCAUGGGUUGAUACAUUUGAUUUCCAUUGAUAAUUUUUGUGUGAUUUUGUUGUCAGCACAUUCACCUAUGUAAAGAAAAAAGUAUUUAAUAAGAUUAUUUCAUUCAUUCAGAUCUAGGAUGUGUUAUUUUAGUGUUCCCUUUAUUUUUUUGAGCAGUGCAGUUUUGAUCAGUCAUGAAAAUAAAAGUCCUGAGAACAAAUUGUCUCCCCACUUAUUUUUUUAUUUUUUCACCUUUAUUUAACCAGGUAAGCCAGUUGAGAACAAGUUCUCAUUUACAACUGCGACCUGGCCAAGAUAAAAAGAUGGAGAACAAGCUAUGAAGGAAAAAUACUGGAGUUUUGGUGCAGGUACAGCCAACUAGUGCAAAAAUAUUGCAACGUUGUCAAAACGAUACGAUAUAUCAUCAAAAAUAAUAUUCCGAUAUGUAACUUUCGAUUCCCCCCAUCACUGGUAUCCUACUUGUGAUGAGUAUGUAAGGACUUUGCCACCAGUUCUGUUCUACAUUCAUGCAUACAUAUUUGUUUUGGUCAAAGCUGUAGUGAUAUCUCAAAUCAUCGACCGUUAAUCCUGAGUGUUUCCUGUUGUUUUCUAGAUAACAUUGAAGUGGCCUAUCUGAAGACGUUCACGAAAGAAAACAUUGUACAGUUCUACCGGGUGAGUAGCUCUCAUCAUCCAUCUUCUGUAUGCAGGUGUGUUGUUCAAUCUGUCCUCCCUGAAAGAUGGCACCUUGUUUCAUUUAUUCCCCCACCACUCUUAUCCUCCACGUCCUGGUUCUAUUCAUAGCUGUGGAGGUGACACUGACACGAUAUGCUGUGCUCACAGAAUAUCCACAACAGUGGAGGCUCCUCAGAGAAGGAAGGGGAGGACCAUCCUCCUCAGUGAAUUUCAUACAAACAUAAUUUUUAAAACAUUUAAAAAGUAUAUUUUUUUUAGAUUAAACUAUACUAAAUAUAUUCACGUCACCAAAUAAUUGAUUAAAACACACUGUUUUGCAAUGAAGGUCUACAGUAGCCUCAACAGCACUCUGUAGGGUAGCACCAUGGUGUAGCCGGAGGACAGCUAGCUUCCGUCCUCCUCUGGGUACAUUGACUUCAAUACAAAACCCCCUUCAAGUUCUCACCCCCUUCCAUAGACUUACACUGUAAUUAUGACAACUUCUGGAGGAUGUCCUCCAACCUAUCAGAGCUCUUGCAGCAUGAACUGACAUGUUGUCCACCCAAUCAAAGGACCAGAGAAUGAAUCUAGUACUGAAAGCAUAAGCUACAGCUAGUUAGCACUGCAGUGCAUAAAAUGUGGUUGACUCAAAGCGAGAGAAAGACAAUAGUAGAACUGUUUUGAACUAAUUAAUUUCCUCAAAUGAAGGAGAAGCAAGAGUUUCUUUUCUUUUCAGUUUCACUUAGCUAGCAAAUGCAGCUAGCUAGUUUAGCCUACUUAAACACCCUGCUCAAACAGAGGGAUGCUAUGUUAGCUAGCUGGCUAUGACUAUCCAACACCACUGGAACUCUUCCAAGUCAAGGUAAGCUUUUGGUUUUACUUAUUUAGUGCUAAACUUCUUACUGACUGUACACUAACGUUACUGCAUGAUUAUAGUGGGUUUACUAAUGCAUCAGUUCUAUUAGCUAUGUUGACUAUGACAUUACUUUAGCUAAUAUGGUGACAACGAUGUAAGCGGUGUGUAGCGGUUAUGAUAUGGUUUGGCUUGGAAGGUUUUUUUCGCCUGGUCACGUGUUGUGCAUUGAAGUCCACAAGCGAAGGAAAAGGUGAGAGGAGGAGCGCGCAUAGAUAUGAGAAGGAAUGCAACGUGGCUGCUAUGAAAGUAAACUGUGUUUACGCGUGAGCAGGGGUGUAUUCAUUCCGCCGAUUCUGUUGAAAAACGUUUCUUAAACAGAAGCAAACGGAACGAAACUGGGAUAAACAUACCUGAAUUUGUCCAGUAUAAAUUCUCAUUUACAACUGUUGGACUAAUGAUUACACCCUAUAUCAGCUAGAUGCAGGCAAGAGUGUGCAAGGCUGUAUUGAAUGUGUCACUGUCUGUCCAUGUGUCACUGUCUGUCAACUCAAUUUUUUCUCUCGACCUGUGUGCACCUACGUUGUAAACUUUCAUUCAUAAGCUAGGUUGUAGCAACCUCAUGAUGGGUACAGGGAAAAUUUGAGUAUCAUGUAGUAGCCUAAACCGAUCACUGUUACAUUGAACUGGAUAAAUGAAAUAUGAAUGACAGUCAGAUAUGCUGUAAUAGAAAUAAGGCUAUGCUCAUUAAAAUAAAUUAAAAAAUCGUCCUCCUUCAUAUUAAACUGCACCGAACGCCACUGAUCUACAACCAUAACGAGGGGUUGCGUCACCGUCAGGGUGGUGUGUUUCAAGGGGAUAAGGGGGCCAAGGAUACUGAAGCAAUGAAAGACUUCCUAUAUUUAUAUCUCAGCAGAAGCAGCACAGGCCCCAUACAGAAUAUUUUCAUUGUGUAAUACAUUUCACCAUAUUUUCCCCGCUCCACAGAUUUAUGACUGUGGAAUUCACUUUGUUCUGAUGCAGAAGACUGGAACAUUUCUUCACCCCAAUAUAAUUCAUUUUCCGCAGACAGUGACCUUAAUAGAGGCUUCAAUUAAAUUGUCUGUCUCUUUUCUCGGUGUCUCUAUCUAACUCCUGUCUCUCUCUGUAGGAUCUGUUGGCUGUGGACGCACCCAAGAGGCACAAGGUGUCUGUGCACGUCCUGUCUAGGGAGAUGGACUCCUGUGAGUACUGUGCUAGUGAUGGAGAGUUUUUGGGGUGGGGGUUGCUUUGACUGUUUAACAGUUUGAAAUGUCUCUGUCCUUUGUUUAGGCCCAGUCGUGGGAGAGUUCCCUGCCCAGAAUGACGUCAACCUGGUCCCUGCCCCCUCCUUGCCACAGGUAAUGUAGUUAUCCUUUUAUAAUACAGGAGGGGUGUGUGUCUGUGAUAGAGAAUUGGCAGAAUUAUGUAACUUUUGGGGCAAUGUGAUGUGUGUGUUAUGUCUGUAAUAUACUGACCUGUCCAUCUCGCUCCCUCUGUGUACAGCCUACAUUGGUGCAGGACAUGAACGAGUUCAAGAGGAGCCUUCCGCUCUUUCCCCUGGCCAAGCCCCACAUCAACUUCAUGGCUGCCAAACUGUGAGAGGACCGGGCAGCCCUGCCCCCAGAGUAGCAUGGGAGCACUGUGGGGUGGACCCUGCUCUGUCCAUCUAUUCCCCCUGAGGCAACUGGAGUCAGCAACACACUCAUCUGACUAAGCCUGCAUGUGUGUUUCUCUGUGUUUAUGUAUCUGUGUGUGUGAUAGGCUGGAGGCCACUAGAGGUGCUUGGAAAUGUGUGCGAUUCCCACAACUUGGCUGUGGAUCUCAUCAUAGCUCCUUGUAAGAGUAGAGGUCACACACAAAAACUCACCUAAUUUUAGUCUCAUGGAAAACUCCACCAACACACAUUCCCGACAAUGUAUAGACUGUUGAAGCAGGGCUCAUAUUAUAAUUAUAGAGGAAUAUUACUAACUUAAAGAACCACAAGGCCAGAACCCUGUAAACCAGUACAAGUACCCCUUGACACUUCAUAAUGUGUUUUUAGUCGAUUUAGCUACAGGACAUGCUACUGUGGUGAGAGUAAACCGUUGGUUAAUGAUGAUUAUGUGAAGCUGUUGAGGUUCGCUCUACAAAGGGUGCACUUAAUAUCAUUUUAGACACGCUGGACACA